AGUAAUAGUUAUGUCAUCUCUACUAGAAAACGUUCUUUCGGAAGACGAAGUUAAAAAUGUGCUAAAAGAUGUUGUGCAUAAUGAAUGCAUUACAGAGCCGAUCUACGCAAUCAAUAUUGGUUCCAACAAAGGCGAUGGUUACGUGAGUUUUGUAACGAGAGUGGAUGUACAUAACAAAGAAAAGGAUCUUCACCUGAUCAUAAAAUGCGCACCGAAAUCGGACAAAUUCAGAGCCUUCUUUCCGGUGCACGCAACCUUCGAGCGAGAGAUCACUUUCUACAAGAACAUCUAUCCAGUCAUGAGCGAGUUUCAAAAGGAAAAAUGCAUCAAGGAUUGUUUUGGCAGCGUCCCUAAAUUCUACAAAUCUAUCGACAAGGACAAAGAGGAACUGAUAGUUUUGGAGAACGUACGCGUUCGCGGUUUCCAACUGUGGGACAAAAGGAAGCAUUUCGAUGAUGUCCAUAUGAAGAUGCUCUUCAAGGAGUUCGCCAAGUUCCACGCAAUUUCAUUCGCUCUUCAGCGCUGCGAUCCGGAGAAAUACAACGAUUUGAGCAGAGAUUUAUUCGAUUUGUUCACUCCGGGUAUCUUCAACUUGGACUUUUUCGGGGUGUUUCAAUCGUGUUUGGAUCAAAUCGAAAAGCUAUACGAAGAUGACGAUAUGAAACGCAACAUCAACCAUUUGAAGGAAAACGUGCUGAAAUACUAUGAUUAUACUAUCAAUAAUAAGGGAACAAGAGUGGUAAUAACGCACGGCGAUUGUUGGAGCAACAAAAUGAUGUUCAAAUACUAUCCAGACAAUGCGGGAAUACCCACAGAUCUCUGCUUGCUCGAUUUCCAAAUGGUCAGGAAUGGCUCCCCAGUUUUGGAUCUCUCCAAUUUCUUCUACGCAGGAGCCUCAAAAGACCUAUUAAACAAACUCGAUGAUUACCUUAAGUUACUCUAUUCUCAAGGAUCAAGCGACUGGAAAAUGUACAGCAAGAUAGGUUACCUCAUGGCUUUGUUGAUCAAUAAAAACGUUUUGGCCGAUGACGAUGAAAUGCUCGAUUUAGUCGAUGUGAGCGCUAACAAGUCGUCGUCUUUAACGAAAACUUUCCAUCAAGAGUACAAGAACCAAAAUCUUAUAAACGAAAGACUCAAGAAUCUGACAGAUCACAUUUACGUUCAGCGGCGCACAGCUAUGUCACCUCUACCACAGAAUGUGCUUUCGGAAGAUGAAGUUAAAAGCGUGCUUACAGAUGUUGUGCAGAAGGAAUGCAUUUCAGAGCCGGUCUACGCAAUCGACGCUGGCUCGAACAAAGGUGAAGGUUACGUGAGUUUCAUAACGCGAGUGGACGUGCAUAGCAAAGAAAAAGAUCUACACCUGAUCGUAAAGUGCGCACCGAAAUCGGACGAAUUCAGGUCCAUGUUUCCGGUGCGCAAAACCUUUGAGCGAGAAAUCUAUUUCUACGAGAACAUCUAUCCAACGCUGAAAGAGUUUCAAAAGGAGAAACGCAUCAAGGAUUAUUUCGACAGCUUUCCUAAAUUCUACAAAUCCAGUCUGAAGGAGAAGGAAGAACUUAUUGUGUUGGAGAACAUCCGCCUUCACGGUUUCCAACUGUUGGAUAGAAAAAUGCAAUUCGACGAUGCGCAUUUGCAAAUGAUCUUUCAGGAAUACGCCAAAUACCAUGCAAUAUCGUUCGCUCUUCAGUACUGCGAUCCGGAGAAAUACUACGAUUUGAGCAAAGAUUUACACGAUAUGUUCACUCCGGGUAUCUUCAGCUUCGACUUUUUCGGCAUGUUUGGCUCGUGCUUGGAUCAUAUCGAUAAACUAUACGAAGACGAAGAAAUUAAACGAGACAUCAACCAUUUGAAAGAUAACGUGCUGAAAUACUUCGAACAUAUUGUCAACAAUAAGGGUAAACGAGUGGUAAUAACACACGGCGAUUGCUGGAGCAACAACAUGAUGUUCAAAUACAGCGAUCCAAACAACCCAGGACAACCUACAGAUCUUUGCUUGCUCGACUUCCAAUUGAUUAGGAAAGGAUCUCCAGUUUUGGAUCUCUCCUAUUUCUUCUACGCAGGAGGCCCCAAACAUCUGUUGGAUAAACUCGACGAUUAUCUAAAACUGUAUUAUUCAGUUCUCAAGAAUCAGCUUGAGAAUUUCGGCGUCGAUGUGAUGGAGAUCAUUACUUUCGAGGACCUGAAGAGCGACUGGAAGAUUUACAGCAAGUUUGGGUACCUUCUGGCACUGUUGAUCCAAAAAAAUGCGCUGACAGAAGGCGAUGAAAUCCUCGACUUAUCAAAAUUGAGCGCCAAUAAGACUAUGACUUUAACUGAAGCCUUCCAUCAAGAAUUCAAGAACCAAAAGUUUAUAAAUGAAAGGCUCAAGAAUUUAACAGAUCACAUGCACGAAAACGAUUUCCUCCGCAUUCACGUCAUGGGAAGCAUAGGGAACGUGCUUAGUGAAAAGGAAGUGAAGGAGCUCAUGGAAUCCGUGCUCGAGAAGGAGCAGAUCAUCGAUCCUAAAUUGAAGAUAUGCUCUGGGUCGAAUCAAGGCGAUGGUUACCUGAGCUUCCUCACUCAGGUCGAUAUCAAGGGAAGGAACAAGGAUCUUCACAUGAUGAUCAAGUGCGCACCGAAAGGCGAAGAUUUCAGGAAAACUACGCCUCUCGAUAAGCUCUUCCAAAGGGAAAUAGAUUUCUACACGCAGGUGUAUCCGGCAUUCCGCAACUUCCAGUUGACGAAGAACAUAGAGAAGCCGUUCAACAACGUCGCGAAAUGCUACAAAACUGGAAACGAGAAUCUGCACGAGUUUCUGAUUAUGGAGAACAUUCGCGAGAAAGGCUACAGGAUGUGGAACAGGAAGGUUCAAAUGGACGACAAUCAUUUAACGUUGAUCUUCAAGACGUACGCCAGGUACCACGCAGUUUCAUACAGCAUGCAACAGCAGCAACCUGAAAUCUACCAAAAGCUGAAAGAGUUGUGGAAAGACGUAUUUGCUGUCGACGAGAACAAAGAAACGCUUGAGGGAUUCGUUACAUCUGUGGAUAAGGUCAAGGAUUUAUUCGAUCCAAAGGCAGAGAAAGAGAUUUACGAUAUCAUGGACAAAUUCAGCAUAAUGGACGUGUUCGUGAUGAAUGAAAAGGAUAAGGGCAAUUUCAGUUUAAUCACGCAUGGAGAUUGCUGGUGCAAUAAUAUGAUGUUCAAAUACGAGGAUGCGCGCGAUUUGAAUCGUCCGACCAACAUAUGCCUUCUCGAUUUCCAAAUGUCCGGCAUCGGAUCCCCGGUCCUCGAUCUCUCCUACUUCUUCUACGUGAGUGCUUCCAAAGAAGCCCUCGACAAUUUGGACAACUACCUGAAGAUUUACCACGAUGAUCUCAUUAAGUGCUCCGUUGCUCUUGGAGCGGAUGCCUCCAAAUUGAUGUCAUUUGAGGAUCUGAAAGCCGACUGGAAGAAGUACUCGAGUUUCGGAUUCGGCAUGGCCAUGAUCAUCGUGAGAGCAAUGCUCAGCGAGUCAGAUGAGAUCGUGAAUCUCGAGGAAAUAUCCAAAUCAGGCAUUUCAGUUGUGGACGCCUUCAAUAGACCGUUGAAGAACGAGAAUAUCGUCAACCGCAGACUGAAGACCUUAACCGAGCACAUGUAUCAAAGGAAAUUCAUUUAAACACAUUCAAUCAAUACUAUAUUUAUAAAUAUACGCACUAUAGUGGAUUAAUUAAUCUUAUGUGAUCAAAACCAAAGUAGACUAACUCGGCAAUAUUAACAAUUCCAUAGUU